AUGGGCGGGGCUAUGUCGCCGUCCAAAUGUUCCACUGUCGGCGUUCAAGGCAUUGCUUGGGCAUUUGGCGGCAUGAUCUUUGCUCUUGUUUAUUGCACUGCCGGUAUCUCGGGGGGUCACAUUAACCCAGCUGUGACAUUUGGGCUGUUCUUGGCAAGGAAGGUAUCACUGACCAGGGCGGUGUUGUACAUAACAAUGCAAUGCUUGGGAGCUACAUGUGGUGUCGCAGUUGUGAAGGGGUUUGAAGGAAGCCAGUAUGAGAGGCUUGGAGGGGGUGCCAAUAGUCUUAGUGAAGGAUACUCCUCAAUUAGUGGCCUUGGUGCAGAAAUCAUCGGCACUUUUGUGCUUGUCUAUACUGUCUUCUCAGCCACUGAUGCCAAACGAAACGCUCGAGACGCGCACGUCCCUAUCUUGGCACCACUGCCUAUUGGGUUUGCUGUGUUUGUGGUGCAUUUGGCUACAAUUCCUAUCACGGGGACUGGGAUCAACCCUGCUAGGAGUCUGGGUACAGCACUCGUUUUCAACAAGGAUCAAGUUUGGGACGACCAUUGGAUCUUCUGGGUGGGGGCCUUUCCUUGGGGCCGGACUUGCAGCUUUGUAUCAUGA